AAAUAAAUUUGGCCGGGUUAAGUUCGUUUUGAUACUGUGAUGUAACCGGUUUUGGGGUAACCUCUAUGACAUUAAUAAAUUAAAAAUAAGUUGGCUUUGGUGAAAAAGGGAAAAAAGUGAAAAUCGUCAAAAUAUGGCCAACUCUAUAAGAUUUUUUAACAGGAUAUCUCAAAAUUUAAGAAAUAUUUCUACCUCGUCGCCAAAAAAUGAUGCAUGGCUAUCGAAAAUAUUCGUCAGAAAAAUCGAACCUACGAAAGAGAGUCACAGUCGUAUGUUGAGUGACAAAGAAAUUGUCUAUGCUCUCCAAACCCAUAAUUUCAGAGCCGACUCAAAGAAUAAUUACCUAAAAAAUGUGAAAAAUGUUCUAGACUGGAUCAAUACUCAGGAAGAUCUGAGUUCCUCAGUAAACCUUGUAGGAAGUUGGACGGUAAAUGUUGGAGAUCAGGAUCAGGCAUUGCAUUUGUGGAAGUUUGUAGGUGGUUUUGAUAAAAUUGACUCCUAUAAUGAAAUUACUGCCAAUAGUGUGGAAUUUCAAAAGCUUUUACUGGACCAAGGGAAAUUGGUAAGGUCUAGGCACUUACAAUAUCUUUUAGCUUUCAGCUAUUGGCCGCAAAUUGUAGCCCGCGAGCCUAAAAAUAUCUAUGAAAUUCGUAGCUAUGCUUUAAAGCCAGGUACAAUGAUAGAAUGGGGCAACAACUGGGCACGGGCUAUAAACCACAGAAAGAACAAUGAUGAACCAUUUGCUGGCUUUUUCUCCCAGAUCGGUCGUCUAUAUAAUGUUCAUCAUAUUUGGUGCUAUGAAGACCUUCUGAAGAGGAAAGAAACUAGAGAGAGUGCUUGGCGAUCUCCUGGAUGGGAUGAAUGUGUAGCUUACACUGUUCCUUUGAUCAGGGAAAUGCAUUGCCGGAUUAUGGUGCCUACCGAGUUCUCCCCCACUCAGUAAUCUGUGGUGCCAUUUAUAUUUCUUUCGCACAUUCUAGUCCUUUUCUGCCUUGUGUGAAGAGGAACAAUUACAAUAGGACCCUGAAUGUGCAGCGGGCUGAUAUGCAUUUUCUUUUUUUGGUUCACUUUAUAGUUAUUUUUUAUGAAAUAUUAUGUAUUGUGCUAUUAAUUUCUUAAAUUUCAUAUCAUUGUAUAGAACUGAUUAUGAAAUUGUAUCCAUAAAAUACUUUACUAGGUAGCCAAAAGAAUUGUUUUGUUUAAAUUGAGUUGGUUAGCUUUAUGUGCAUCUUCUUUUUUCCUGCUGUUCAACUGUUCUUGAGUCAUUCGGCCAACGACAAACUAUUAAAAAAUUGUAAUAACCAUUUAGGAAAAGUGGUGCUGCUAAUACUAAACACGUGACCGUUUUACUUCACUUUACUUAACAUGUUUACAUGUUACCUUAGAACCUUUGGCCUCAUUCAACCUGCGUAAGCGAUAAUAAAGCAUUAUUAAUGACUCUGUUACCAUCGGUCGUGUUUAAAGUGCAAUGGAG